AUGCAGGAUGGCCAAAUUGUGUUACUCGGGUUGCUGCUUAUGUGUUUCUUUUCUUGGAGACAUAAGGAUUUAUUGACUGUGGUUGAGGGUUUAGUGUUGAGAGGACAUCAGAUAGUUAUUCCCAAGUCUAUGAGAAAAGAGAUGCUUAAGCUGUCACAUGAUGGGCAUUUGGGAAUAGUAAAGACCAAAAAACAAGCACAACAGUCAGUGUGGUGGCCACACAUGAACAGCCAGUUAGAGUUAACAGUUUCCAACUCUAUGACAAGUGCAAGAUUUGCAAGUGAGCAGAGGAAAGAGCUACUCUGCAUUACUCCAAUUCCACCUUCGGGAAAAUUGGGUGCAAAUUUAUUCAAAGUAGAAGAGAUGCAUUUUCUAGUAGUUGCUGACUAUUACUCGAGGUAUCCGGAAGUUAAACAGCUCACUGGAACUAAAUCAACGGAUAAUGGACUACAGUUUGUGAGUGAUGACUUUAAGAACUUCAGAAGGACUUAUCAGUUUAUGCUUGUAACAUCAUCUCCUAGACAUCCACAAGGAAAUGGACAGGCAGAAAAGAUUGUGGGGACUGCCAAAGCCCUGAUUAAGAAGGUCUGGCAGGCAGGAGAAGAUCCACACUUGGGAUUGUUAGCAUAUAGAGCUACAGAACAUGAAGCCACUGGAAUGUCUCCUGGUCAAUUGCUAAUGGAGAGGAAGUUGCAAACAACCAUGCCAUCUAUUGCUUGUCAAUUGAUUCCACAUUGUGGAUAA